AUGGCUACUCUUUCAUGGUCUGAUUUGAACGUCACGACUAAAGACAAUGUCGCUAUUGUCUCAAAGUCCAACGGUUUAUGCCCCGCAGGUCACAUUAUAGCUCUCAUGGGCCCCUCAGGUAGUGGUAAAACUACUCUCCUUAACUCUCUUGCCUCCAGAGAUAUGGGUUCAGCAAUCAAAGUCCAUGGAGAUGUGGAAUACUUAUAUCAAGGUCAAGAGUCACCUCAAAAACUUUCUGCAGUUUCUACAUAUGUCGAACAGGAAGAUCAUCUUAUCGGUUGUCUUACAGUCAAGGAUACACUAUGGUACACGGGUGAGCUCUCUGGACUGAGUGGUGCCAUUCUCAAAGACCAGGUUGAGUAUCUCCUCAAUGCCUUUGGUCUUAAAGGCCAAUCAGACAUUCUUGUAGGAACUCCUAUUCAAAAGGGUAUCUCAGGUGGUCAAAAACGUCGUCUUACUGUUGCAAGUCAGCUUAUGAGAAACCCUAAAGUCAUUUUCAUGGAUGAACCUACAUCAGGUCUUGAUUCUAAGGCUUCGUUUGAAAUUAUUUCUCACAUGAAAAACUAUGCCCAUGAACAUGGCGCUAUUGUCAUUGUUUCCAUCCACCAGCCUUCUACCUCAACAUUUGAUUUGUUUGACGAAGUUGUGUUUCUUAGUAAAGGUCGUACCGUUUAUAAUGGGCCAGUCAAGGAGGUUGUUGAAUAUUUUAAAAACAUUGAUAUGGAGAUCCCCCAGUACUACAACCCAGCAGAAUACAUUCUUGAAGCCAUUUCCACCGACUUUGGCUCUGGCGACAACACCAAUGAUAUUUCGGAUUUAGUUUCCAAAUGGGAAGACUAUAACAACAGAAAUGGAGAAAAAACAAUUCAACAAAUCCUCGAACCACACGAAACUCAUAACUCUCUUUAUGAAAAACCAGAAUCUAAAAGACACACCUUUGGAUGGAGAAUAAAACAUGUUUCAAACGUCACUUGGAUUCUUUCACGCAGACUUUUGGUCAAGGCUCGCCGAGAUGUAUUUGCUUAUAUUCUUCGAAUCUUUAUGUACCUUGCGCUUGCUAUUUUAAUGGGUACAGUGUGGCUCCGACUUAACCACAAUCAAGACAAUAUUUCUUCAUAUGUUUCUGCCUUAUUCUUUUCCGGUGCUUUCAUGUCUUUCAUGGCUGUCGCCUAUAUCCCCGUUUAUAUUGAGGAUUAUAUGAAUUUUAAAAAGGAAGCCAGAAACAAUCUUUAUGGUCCUCUUCCAUUUAUGAUUUCUAACUUUUUGGUUGGUUUACCAUUUUUGUUUGUCAUUACCGUCGUCUUUUCUGCUUUUGCAUACUGGAUGGUCAACCUGAAAAAUACUGCUGAAGGUUUCUUUCGUUUUAUCUUGUGGUUGUUCCUUGACCUUCUUGCUGCUGAAUCUAUGGUUGUUUUGAUUUCCUCAUCUAUCCCCAUUUUCAUUGUUGCUCUGGCUUUGACUGCCUUUGCCAACGGUCUAUGGAUGGCUGUUCAGGGAUUCUUGGUCCCAGCCACUAUUCUUAAUCCCUUUUGGUAUUAUACCUUUUAUUGGAUUGAUUAUCAGCGUUAUGUGUUUCAUGGCAUGAUGAUUACCGAGUUCAAAGACAGUAUUUAUAACUGUGAUGCAGACUGUAACUGUGCCUAUGUUAGUGACCUGGCUAGCGAGUGCAAGAUUAGAGGUGAGGCUGUUCUUCACUCGGUGGGUAUUUCCGACCACUCUGCCAGUAAGGUUGGCCAGUGGGUUGGUAUUAUGAUUGUCAUUAUUUUUGUUUACAGAGUGCUUGGUUACUUUGCUCUUAAGUACCAUGUCAAAUAA